GAGGGGCUCAUUUUGUCUAGCUUCUCCCACUGGGCUGGCCAGCUCCACACCAGAGGCCUGCUGUUGGGGGCCACUCCUGGUUAACUCCAGCUGCAGGACCCUGCUAAGAGGCUGAGGAUACCAGGAUUCCUAGAACUCCACAGACAAAAGACCCUGGACAGCCUAGGGAAACAGGUAGCAGGAGGUAGAGCUCCCUCCUCAGCCCUGAGCUCAGCAGGUGCACCAUGCUUGGGUUCCUCCGAAACAUUGGCUCUACCGGCACUGGGGUCCCCCGCCACCAGUGGCCAUGGGUCAGGGCCUGCCUGCAGAAGACUGUGGUCGUCCUGUGGCUGCUGCUCUCCAGCACCUCGCUGGCCCCCACACAGGGUCAGACCAAGAUUCCUCUGGAAACAGUGAAGCUAUGGGCAGACACUUUUGGCAGAGACCUAUACAACACCAUCACCAAAUACUCGGGCUCCCUCUUGCUGCAGAAGAAAUACAAAGAUGUGGAACCCAGUCUGAAGAUCAAGGAGGUGGAUGGCCUAGAGCUGGUGAGGAAGUUCUCAGAGGACAUGGAGAACAUGCUGCGGAGGAAAGUGGAAGCCGUCAAGAGCCUUGUGGAGGCUGCUGAGGAGGCUGACCUGAAACAUGAAUUCAACGCAUCCCUGGUGUUUGACUACUACAACUCGGUCCUGAUCAAUGAGAAAGAUGAGAAAGGCAACUUUGUGGAGCUGGGUGCCGAGUUCAUCCUGGAGUCCAAUGCACACUUCAGCAACCUGAGAGUAAACACCUCAGUCAGCAGCGUGCAACUGCCCACCAAUGUGUACAACAAAGAUCCAGACAUUUUAAAUGGAGUCUACAUGUCGGAGGCCUUGAAUCCUGUUUUUGUGGAGAACUUUCAGAGAGACCCUACACUGACCUGGCAAUAUUUUGGCAGCUCAACUGGAUUCUUCAGGAUCUAUCCAGGUAUAAAAUGGACGCCUGAUGAGAACGGAGUCAUUGCCUUCGACUGCCGGAACAGCGGCUGGUACAUACAAGCUGCCACUUCUCCCAAGGACAUAGUGAUUCUGGUAGACGUGAGUGGGAGCAUGAAGGGGCUGAGGAUGGCAAUUGCCAAACACACCAUCACCACCAUCUUGGACACGCUGGGGGAGAAUGACUUCGUCAAUAUUAUCGCGUACAAUGACUACGUCCAUUAUAUCGAGCCCUGUUUUAAAGGCAUCCUUGUCCAGGCAGACCGAGACAACCGAGAGCAUUUCAAACAGCUGGUGGAUGAGCUGGUGGUCAAAGGCGUGGGGGUCGUGGACCAAGCCCUGAGUGAGGCCUUCGAGAUCCUGAAGCAGUUCCAAGAGGCUGGACGUGGAAGUCUCUGCAACCAGGCCAUCAUGCUGAUCACUGACGGGGCUGUGGAGGACUACGAGCCAGUUUUUGAGAAGUAUAACUGGCCAGACUGCAAGGUCCGAGUCUUCACCUACCUCAUUGGGAGAGAAGUGUCUUCUGCGGACCGCCUAAAGUGGAUUGCCUGCAACAACAAGGGCUACUACACACAGAUCUCCACGCUGGCAGAUGCCCAGGAGAACGUGAUGGAAUACCUGCACGUGCUCAGCCGGCCCAUGGUCAUCAACCAUGACCACGACAUCAUCUGGACAGAAGCCUACAUGGACAGCAAGCAGCUCUUUGCCUCAAAGACACAGAGUUCGAUGCUCCUCACUACCGUGGCCAUGCCUGUCUUCAGCAAAAAGAAUGAAACGAGAUCCCACGGCAUUCUUCUGGGUGUGGUGGGCUCUGAUGUGACGCUGAGAGAGCUAAUGAAGCUGGCACCCCGCUACAAGCUCGGGGUACACGGAUACGCCUUUCUGAACACUAACAACGGCUACAUCCUCUCCCAUCCUGACCUCCGGCCUUUGUACAGAGAGGGGAAAAAACUGAAACCCAAGCCCAACUACAACAGUGUGGACCUCUCUGAAGUGGAGUGGGAAGACCAAGCCGAAGUUCUGAGGACAGCCAUGAUUAAUAGGGAAACGGGUUCCUUCUCCAUGGAUGUGAAGGCUCCUCUGGACAAAGGGAAGCGAGUCCUUUUCCUGACCAAUGACUACUUCUUCACGGACAUCAGUGACACACCUUUCAGCUUGGGUGUGGUGUUGUCCAGGGGCCAUGGGGAGCGCAUUCUCCUGGGAAACACAUCUGUGGAAGAAGGCCUGCACGAUUUGCUUCACCCGGAUCUGACUGUGGCCAGUGACUGGAUCUACUGCAUCACGGAUAUCGACCCAGACCACCGGAAGCUCAGCCAGCUGGAGGCCAUGAUCCGCUUCCUAACUGGGGAGGAUCCAGACCUAGAGUGUGACGAGGAGCUGGUGCGGGAGGUGCUGUUUGAUGCAGUAGUGACGGCCCCCAUGGAAGCCUACUGGACUGCGCUGGCUCUCAACAUCUCUGAGGAGUCAGAGCAAGGGGUGGACUUGGCCUUCCUGGGCACCCGGGCUGGCCUCCUUCGAAGCAGCUUGUUUGUGGGCUCCGAGAAGGUCUCUAACAGGAAGUUCCUGACACCUGAAGAUGAAGCCAGCAUUUUCACAAUGGACAAUUUCCCUCUGUGGUACCGCCAGGCCUCCGAGCAGCCCCCUGGAAGCUUUGUCUUCAACCUCCGCUGGGCAGAUGGGCCAGAAGACACGGGUGAGCCGGUUUCGGUGACAGUCAGCACAGCAGUAGCCGUGACGGUGGAGGAGAAGACAGCCAUUGCUGCAGCAGCAGUGGGCAUCCAGAUGAAGGUAGAAUUCCUCCAGCGCCAGUUCUGGGCAGCAACACAGCAGUGCAACACUGAGGAUGGGCAGUGCCCGCAGAGCUGCGAGGACAGUGAUCUGGACUGCUUCGUCAUAGACAACAAUGGUUUCAUUCUGAUCUCGGAGAGGCUACAAGAGACGGGAAGAUUUCUCGGGGAGGUGGAUGGUGCUCUGGUGACCCAGCUGCUCAGCAUGGGGGCGUUUAGCCGGGUGACCAUGUACGACUACCAGGCCAUGUGCAAACCCCCGGAUCAUCACCACAGUUCUGCCCAGCCCCUGGUCAGCCCCAUCUCAGCCUUCCUGACAGCAACCCGGUGGCUGGUGAAGGAGCUCUUGCUGUUCCUGCUGGAAUGGAGUGCCUGGGGCUCCUGGCACAACACAGGAGCAGACGCCAAAACUGUCUUCCAUCACUCCCACAAGCACAAGAAGCAGGACCUGCUGCACCCCUGCGACACUGAGUACCCCGUGUUCGUACACCAGACCGCCAUCCAGGAGACCAACGGGGUCAUUGCAUGUGGGACCUGCCAGAAGAUGUUUGUGAUGCAACAGAUUCCCAGCAGCAACCUCCUCCUGUUGGUGACAGACCCUACCUGUGACUGCAGUGCCUUCCCACCAGUCCUGCAAGAGGCAACAGAAGUCAAAUAUAUCACCUCCGUCAAGUGCGAUAGGAUGCGCUCCCAGAAGCCCCGCCGGCGACCAGAUUCCUGCCACGCCUUCCACCCCGAGGAGAAUGCCCAGGACUGUGGUGGCGCCUCUGACAUCUCAGCCUCGUUCCUCCUGCUCCUGUUGCCUCUGGGUACCUGCAUGCUUCUGCCUUAGCUUCUGCAGCCGGGCAGCCCAUUCUGACCCUGCUGUGGAAGGGGCUUCUUCCAGAGACACUCUGGAAAGUCAGCAGCUGAUGGGGAGCUGGCUCACUACUGCCAGCCUGGCUCCCAAGCCCAAACCUCAUCUCAAUGCUGAAUGAAUGGUCCCUGCUGGAGGGGCCAGCGAGUGCCCUUCUCAUGAGCUGUCAAGAGGAAGACUGUGAGAAGGAACAAAAAAUCAAUGUCCCAGAAGUCAUGCCCCAAAGACCCUCCAAGCUGCCAUUUACCACGAAUCUCCACAGGCAUCCUCCAGGUCUUCCCUCUCUUCUCUAGGAGUCUGCACAAGCUCAACACCAACCAAGACGAAACAAUUCACCUUUCUCCAGUUCAGAACCCAUCAGAGGAGAGUGAGCUGUCACUACUGAACCAGGCUGGUCUGAAACAGCACCCAAGCAUGUAGAAGUACAGAAAAGGAAAAUGAAGUUAAGAGCAAAGGAGACUGGGUGAAAAUAUGCCCGGACUAAAGCCGAGGAGGGAAGCCAGUGCGUGUGCAUGUGUGUGCGGAGUGAGACUGAGGCAGAAUCGAGGGAGUAAAUAAUAAAGGAAAGAACAAGAACAGGACAGAAUAGAAAGAGGCAUUACAUCCAGAUUGUUACUGCCAAACAGCCUAAAGUGUUACAAAGUCUAGCUUAAAGGUAAAUUUUCAUCCAACAAAAAGGUGGAUCUGUACAGCUAGGACCUGGGGCCACAGUGUACCCAACGGAGGUGCCGGAGAGCAGCCACCAAGCCAAGGUGGAGGCAAGCCGUCCUUCCUGGCAACAUGAUGCAGGGUGCUAUGAGCGCUUUCACCAGCCAGAACUUUGAGGAACAUUUCAACAUGUAGAGUGCACAGGGAAGGCAGUGGUAUCUGGAGACCACACACACACCCCUCUCCUACAGUCCCAACUUCUGGGUCUCCCUCCCUUCGGCCUGGAUCCCAAGAGAUAGCAGACUCCACUGUGAGUGAAAAAGGACAGAACUGUGUAAACAUUCCAGGGUGCUCCAAUCUUUGCACUGAGGCAGCCCAGCCCAUGAACUGUGUGACCUGUGGGGGACCUUCAGGAACUCUUCUCCCCUCUCCAGGCCCAGCCACCACACCAGAAGUACCACCCUGAUUUCCCACUACCAUGGGCUAACUCUGUCAAACACAUCUACUCUACUAUUUGAAAGUGCCUUACAUCAUAGGUGUUCACCUUACUGUCAUUUGAGAGGGAGGGAUUCAUCCCCAUAUAUGGCUGAAGAAAUCCAAAGUAGGAGAAAUUCACAUGUAACAGGAAUUAACAUGCAUUAGCAUGUUAAAUAUCAGCUCAUUUAAUCCUCACACCCCUCCAGAGCCUUUCCCAUGGCUUGCCCCAUUUUAGAGAUGAAGCAACAGAAGCUUAGAGUUGAAAACUACCUUGGAAUUACUGCAAGAUUAUUGUGAAGACUGAAUGUAAUAUAUUUGUAUAACGUGCCUAGAACUGCCUGGCAUACAGUAAACACAAAACACAUUAUUACUAUUACAGUACCUUGUUUUGUGGAGGUGGAGACAAAGACAUUAUGGCCUGGAAUACUAGGUGAAGGUCAAAGGUGGCCGCCUAGGUGGGCUAGGAAGCUGUGGGGAGCCCUUUCUCCAGCUGCUCAGCUACAGUGCUGCUUUGUCUGAUGGCCAGGGAAGGGUGCGUCCUGGCUCCUACUCCAGGCGCUUCUCGCUGUGGCACACUGUCUAUCUUUGGCAUUAAUAAACAUUCUCACCUCCAACGGCA